UCUAAUAUAUUACUGCUGCAAAAAAAGAGAUAUAUCGUGGAUGGCAUCUCUGUACUUUCAUUUUGCAGCAGAAGUCGAUAAUUUUAGUCUACACAGCUCGCGGUCCCACCCCAACCGGUCGGUGGCUGGUUGGUUGUAGUUUUCUUGGCAAAGAUUCAAGAAAUGAUUACAAGCUAGGGGUGAGAGUAGCUUGAAAGAGCAUGCGCCAGAGGGGGUGAGGGGGGCAGCCUUCCGUCGAAGAAUCAAGUAAAUAGAAUGUUGAAGCAGGAAUCACAAGAGACCGAGCUGCCUGGGCAGUGACGUCACUGCUCUACAUCGGGCUGCAGUAGUAGGCUAUAGGCAGUGAGAGACAGAUAGAGGACGCAUCAGUCGUAGUAGCCUGAAGAACAUUCCCACUGCUGUCAUGAAGUUCUAUUUGUAACUUAAUUGUUUGUUGCCAUAGUCAGGAGACAGACGGAGACGAUAAGGGGAAUUUUUUGUUUCUUUUUGAGAAACGGAAGGAUCUAACCUUGUCUGUUUUCUAAAAAGGCUCGGAAUCCACAAGCAGAGACCGGGGUUAGAGAGAGAUUUAAGGUCGUUUUUUGGUGAAAGGGAAGCCAUGUCGUCGGCGGCGGUAGCUGCUUCUAGAAGGCAGUCGUGUUAUUUAUGCGACCUGCCCCGAAUGCCCUGGGCCAUGAUAUGGGAUUUUACCGAGCCCAUCUGCAGGGGAUGUGUCAACUACGAAGGAGCGGACCGGAUCGAGUUUGUGAUUGAGACAGCCCGGCAGCUGAAGCGGGUUCAUGGCUUCCAGGAGGGCCGGUCUCCGGGGCCGGGGAAACAGCAGCAGCUGUCGGGGAAAGAAAUCCAGGCUAACCACCAUGCGUCUGGAGACGCCGUGUCACGGCCGCCUCAGCCCUUGGACCGCUACCCCCUCUCUUCAUCGGAACGUCCACCGCGGCUCGGACCUGAGUACCAGUCUGGGAGACAGUCUAACGGGAUUCCGGUACCUAAUGGAUUUCCUAAACCGGAUGAACCUCCGGAGCUCAACCGUCAGAGCCCGAAUCCGCGCAGGAAUAACACGGUUCCUCCAAAUCUUGUGCCUUUGGUGAACGGGAGCAUGUCCUCUUUGCACGCCGUUAACGGCCGACCGGGCGGACCUAUGGCCCACCCGGGGUCUGGUUUGAUGGCCGGCAGCCCCAGCGAGCACGGUGGCAAGCGGCCAGCUUCGGUUUCCAGCACCGAUCAGCACGAGAAGGAUAAGCACCGAGCAGACAGCCUGACGCCGGAGAUGGAGUGGAUGAGUAAGGGGAAAACGGUCAGGGACUUGAUGGCUCUCCAUGACAGCCGGUUCAAGAAGGAUCUGGUCACCAUGCCACAGAGAGUGAUGGGGUAUGAGCAACAGCAGAACCCCGCGGCGUCCAAAUCAGACCGGGGAAAACACCCGCGGAACAUGAAGAGAAAAGCGUCGCCAGAACCGGAGGGGGAAAGAGAGGGAACCGCCGCUAAGCAUAAUGGAGAUGACAGACAGCAGUGGUUACAGGGAUCACUAUCUGACCGUGAUGGACAUAAAAUGCCCCCAGGACCGCCACCGAGCUUCUCCUCCGGCCCCCCCUCCACAAUAUCCCCUCAUUCUCGCACCACCCCACCUGAAGCCGCGCAGAACGGCCAGUCUCCUAUGGAGGCGCUGAUCCUUGCGGCAGACAACGCAGGUGGUGGCGGGAACAGUUCCCCCAAAGACGGUAACCAGGUUCACUCCACCACGCGCCGGAACAGCAGCAGCCCGCUCUCGCCCUCCUCUAUGAACCAGCAAAGGCGGCUCGCGCAAGGGAGGGACAAUACCAGUGGCGCGGGUACACCUCACGUGCCAGGAGGAGGCAUGGACCAAGGGCAUGGACCUCAAAGCAUUCCUGACUCGUCAGUACCGGGGAGCAUACCCCUCUGCUGUACGCUCUGCCACGAGAGGCUAGAGGACACACACUUCGUCCAGUGCCCGUCGGUGCCCUCGCACAAGUUCUGCUUCCCAUGCUCCCGGGAGAGUAUCAAACAGCAAGGCGCCACCGGGGAAGUGUACUGUCCAAGCGGGGAGAAGUGUCCGCUGGUCGGUUCUAACGUACCGUGGGCUUUCAUGCAAGGAGAAAUCGCCACCAUCCUUGCAGGGGACGUCAAAGUAAAAAAGGAGAGGGAUCCUUGAUUACAAUUUUUACAUAUUUCCGGGAAGGGACUGUUGGGGAAAACGAUAAGAUACGAGUAUAUAAAAUAUAACCAUACCUACAUACCAUCCAAGCAAAUUAAUAGACAAUGUAAAUAUUGGACCCGAACCAACGGGACUAUUGUAUACUUAAAACAUGGCUGUAUAAUUUUUGAUUUUUGAAUACAUUGUGUUUCUAUAUUUUUGAAGAUGAAGGUAUGUUAUCAUAAUGAAACCGGAUUGUCUCGGUCCAUAUUUGUUGAUGUUAACACUUUGUUGAUGUACUUCUUGCUCUGCGGCACAAAUGGCAUCAUUUUCCCUAUAUAUCACACUACUGUUGGCAGGCCCACAAGGUGACACGUAGGGCGCUGCACAAAAUAGUGAGCUACAGGAAGAGGGUGUCAUUUGGGCCACGUCCUGUCUGGUGGCAGUUCCUGUUCAAAACGUAUUGAUGAUGACGCGUCUCUGUACGGGCACUUCGCAAACUGAAACGCUUUUAGCUGUAACUUGUAUGCACUUGUUUAAAAAUAUUUGCCAAAUACAAUUUCUGAUCUUGUAUGAAAAAUUCACUGUCUGAGUUUGCUUUUUUAAAUUAUGAAAUGUUAAGAGGACGAGAUUAAAAAACACAUUUUGAAAUAGA